CGAGCUGCGCCUCUUCGGGGGCCUGCUGCGCCGAGCGAACUGCCUCAAGCGCUGCAAGCAGGGCCUGCCAGCCUUCCGCCAGUCGCAGCCCAGCCGCGAGGUGCUGGCCGAAUUCCAGCGCCGGGAGCCCUACAAGUUCCUGCAGUUCGCCUACUUCAAGGCAAAUAAUCUUCCAAAAGCCAUAGCAGCUGCCCACACCUUUCUACUGAAGCAUCCUGAUGAUGAAAUGAUGAAGAAAAACAUGGCUUAUUACAAGAGCUUGCCUGAUGCCGAGGACUACAUCAAAGACUUGGAAACCAAGUCGUACGAGAGCCUGUUCAUUCGAGCCGUGCGGGCAUACAACGGUGAGAACUGGAGGACGUCCAUCACCGACAUGGAGCUGGCCCUUCCCGACUUCUUCAAAGCCUUUUACGAGUGUCUCGCAGCCUGCGAGGGUGCCAGGGAGAUCAAGGACUUCAAGGAUUUCUAUCUUUCCAUAGCAGAUCAUUACGUAGAAGUUCUGGAAUGCAAGCUCCAGUGUGAAGGGAACCUCACCCCAGUGAUAGGAGGCUACCCAGUGGAGAAGUUUGUGGCUACCAUGUAUCAUUAUUUGCAGUUUGCUUAUUAUAAGUUGAGUGACCUGAAGAACGCAGCGCCCUGCGCGGUCAGCUACCUGCUCUUUGACCCCAACGACAAGGUCAUGCAGCAGAACCUGGUGUAUUACCAGUACCACAGGGACAAGUGGGGCCUGUCGGACGAGCAUUUCCAGCCCAGACCAGAAGCGGUUCAGUUCUUCAACGUGACGACGCUCCAGAAAGAGCUGUAUGACUUUGCUCAGGAGAAUAUAAUGGAUGAUGAUGAGGGAGAGGUGGUGGAAUACGUGGAUGACCUCUUGGAGCUGGAGGAGACCAGCUAGUCCACAGGAGACAAGGACACUUCCCGUCGAUGUUCAGGAAACACAGAUUCUUUGCCUUCCUUUUCCCAACUGCCCAAGUGGUUGAUACCUCAAAGCCUUCUCUUUAUUCUCUGAAGUGAAAGGGAAGCUCCGUCUCUCACUACAUAUAACAAGGGGUGAGCCUGCCUUCCCCGUGACCACACCUGCCUUCCCUGUGACCACACCUGCCUUCCAUGUGACCACACCUGCUUCCCCUGUGUUCACACCUGCCUUCUCUGUGUUUGCGCCUACCUCCCCAUCUUCACACCUGUCUUCCCCAUAUUCACACCCGCCUUCUUCAUGUUCAUACCUAUCUUUCUCACCAGUCUUUCCAAUUUUCCCCCCCAGAAAAAAACCAAUAUUAUUUUUUAAAUAAGAAAAAUACUAAAAGAUGAUCAUCGCGAAAACCUACUUUGACCUUUCUGCUCUUCCAGAUUUUAAUCUUUUUUUUUAUCCCCAUGAGCAAUGAGAAUCCCACCAGGAGGACUAACAAGGAGCCACCUUUGAGGUUGGAGAAAAACAGGAGAGUGUGGGGUUCUGGAAUCUGAGCUUUUUAAGUUCGACCUUAUUCCCUCCUCCGAUAAGCCAUUUAGUCUAGUUGGGACACGCCGGGGAUGGAGGCAGGAGGCAGGGCUUUCCCCACAAUGGCCCGGAAAGGAAUGAAGGGACAUCGAGUUUGGGGGCUUUAGUAUGAGGAUGAGUCACUGGUGGUAGAAAACACGUUUUUGCUUUUCCAGCUUCCUUUCCCCCCCAUCUCACUGUUCCAGCCUCGGGGAAUGUGAUGCACCCUAUUUCUCAUGCGGUACUGUCCUUCCCCAUUUCCCUUCUCCUGAGAGCACUUCCUUUUUUACCCACGUGAAGUCCUCAUGCCAAGAUCUAGGCUACUCAGCUCAAGACAGUAACCUACUCCUGUGGCUUUGGCGGAAUUUGCCCACAUCAGCAGAGUCUGUACUCCCAGGGGGCAGCGUGGCCAAAGGAGUCGGUGUUCUUGGCAUCACUGAUGGCUGCACCCCAGCUCAUGGGAUGCGGGGUUCUCCUGUCUUCCCUGGUCCCACCCUCUACUCCACCAGAGAGACUUCCUUUUGAAGUCCGUGGGGAAGAGGGUCAUAGGACAGGAUUACAAAGUAGAGGGGGACCCAGGGUGGACGCCCAGCCCCAGGGCUCCUGAAUCAUGGGGGUGGUGCACCCAGCGGCUGUUUAGCUCCCCCGAAGCUCCUGGCUGCAGUUGACCUUCCCAGUGUGUGAGGAGAUGCACAGAGAUCACCACAGGGCCAGGGCUGGGCUGGGGGAUCUGACUCACUCCACCUCUGUGGCCUGUGGAGCUUCCGCCUGGUCCUCUGCCUUUGCAUCUGAGUCUGGGCUGAGCUUUGUGUGGGUGAUGUUUUUCCACACAGGGUUGGGUGGCGGUGGUGGUGGUGGCGGUAGUGGUGGUGUUCUCAUUCACUCUCUGAACUUGGCCUCUUUUCACUGGGGAUUGAAAAUCACCUCCACCCCCAUCCUAGCCAUGUCCCCUGAGGAAGAAACCCCAGGGAUAGUAUGAUCCACAUCGUCAGCACCUCGCUUUGGUUGAAGGCUGUAGAACCGAAUUAUUAAACUGUUUACUUCAACGGAAA